GGCAGUGUGAUGUCCUUCCGUUUUCCGACAGCACAGCGUGUUGGAGGUCAGAGAUGCUGUUUCACACAACCGGCGAUCAAAAAUACGUUGUCCUUUAACUACAUCAUUAAAUAUUCGGCAUUUUAUUUAAACAGAAGUGUUAUUGGCUCAGUAUACAGUCGCUGAAAGGCACUGUCGCCGCCGCUCGUACGGAAUCUGCCUGAUUUUCUCCCAUAGCUAGCUGUAGCUAACGUUAGCAGUAGUUUCAUCUCCUCAGAUUAGUUUGCCUUGGCCUGUCAUCGUGGGGAUCAUGGAUAACAACACUCCGGGAUCAGGCGCUUAUAAAGGAGGAUUUGGUGGCAUUUUUGGUGGUGGAGCCUCUGAGUAUUCAAACACGACGCUAGCUGGAGUACCGCUGACUGGAAUGAACCCGAUCUCACCCUACCUCAAUGUUGACCCUCGCUACCUUGUGCAGGAUACAGAGGAAUUUAUAUUACCAACUGGAGCAAACAAAACUCGUGGCCGCUUUGAACUAGCUUUCUUCACCAUUGGAGGAUCCUGCAUGACUGGUGCUGCUUUCGGAACGCUGAACGGGCUUCGUCUGGGCCUGAAGGAGACCAGAGAUAUGGCAUGGUCAAAACCCAGAAAUGUACAAAUAAUAAACAUGGUCACACGGCAGGGAGCAUCAUGGGCUAACACAUUAGGAUCAAUAGCUCUGUUGUACAGCGUGUUUGGUGUAGCUAUAGAAAAGGCCAGAGGAGCAGAAGAUGACAUUAACACAGUAGCUGCUGGCACAUUAACAGGGAUGAUGUUUAAAUCCACAGGUGGACUAAAAGGAGUUGCAAGAGGAGGACUUCUUGGAUUAGCCGUGUCGGGAUUAUAUGCCCUCUACAACAACUGGGAUCACCUUAAAGGCACGGCUCCUAUACGUUAUUAAAGAGGACCCUGAGACCAAACCAUGGACAUUUUUACUCUAAGCCUAUCCUCAUCUCCCUUGUUCCAUGUCCCAUUAUAGAGGGCAACGGAAUGGCCAAAAGUUUGGGAUCCUUGGACCACCAUAUUUAUUUUAGGCUUCACUGAAAGAGUAUGAUAUGUGUGUGAUCGUGUGAUGUAUAUAAUCAAAAAUCCAAAAAGGAUUUGGCCAAGUAAAAUGUAGUCAAAAUUUAUGAAAUACAUGUAUGUGUACAAUCAUAAUAUCAAGGCUGUAUUGUACUGCAGGUCAGCUCUGGGCUGACUGAAGCACCAUUAUGAUUAAUUUAAUUUCUUGUUCCAAGGUUAGGACUUAUCAAAUUGUAAAGGUUUUUACACUUUCGACAGAUUUCACCAUGCCAGUGAGCUUAUGGUACCAUCUAUCAGGCUCAUGUAAUGUUGACAGGAGAGAAGAGUGUGUAUAGGUAGAUCGAAAUGGUCUUCAACUCUGUAUACUCAAAUAAAAUAAGUUCUCCUGUUAUGGUUACUGAAA